AUGCAAUGUGGAACUAUCCUAAACUCAGUCUUACUCUGCCAAGUUAUAUUUUGGCUCCCCCUUGGUAAAUCUGAUCAAGCUGCAGACGUUCUUGAGCACGAAAGCUCCUAUUUUUCUGGCCUAGGUCGAACCACUCGGUCGCCGUCACUGUCGGUGGCUGUGUGGGAACACGCUCUCCUUCAGGUCAUACAAAUAUCGACCCUUGAUACGAGCUACCAUCGCCUGGCUGAGCGACUGGGGCCAGAGUCGUCAGGUCCGAAUGUUUCGCCGGAUUGUAUCAUCGUUACUGGUAACAGUAUCGGUCUGCUUGUAGGCCGUGACAGCUGCGAAAGCAGCCCAAAGCUCUUCGAGGUUUACACCGUACUUGCCAACCAGGAACUGCUUACUUAUAUUGGACUGUUCUGGAUCGGGACUUUUGACGAAGGUGUUGAUUUCGAGGAGGGAGGCAUCGGUGAGCUCAGGGUUGAAGCUGAAUUGUUUGUUCUCGAAGGCGGGAAGCAGGCUGUCCCGUGUUUUCGAGAUGAUGACGUGACAGAUCAAGAGUCGAUGAGUGCUCUAACUGCUGCCGACAAACAAUAA